UAUAAAUAGAGGAUUUUGAAGGUGUAGUAAAUAUAGAUAUGAUUAAAAAAAUACGUGUAUUUAAAAAUGGGUGAGUUUUGAAUAUUUUAGUCGUUUCUAACUAGUUAAUAAUCGUAAUAAAAAAUUGUUUGAAUUGCAACAAAGAGAACAAUAAGUGUAGCAUGCACCUAUAAGUGUAAAAUUACACAUGAUGCAAUCUGUUCUAGAAAUAAAUUGUACACCACCCGCAGUUGACGAAUUUCCUGUAGAACUGUUCUCGACGCAGCAAUUGGUCAACGGAGCCAUAGUAGUUCCUGUUUUGCUUACAGUGUAUUCCUUCAUCGCCAUAGCAAUUGUCUGCGACGAGUACUUCGUUCCGGUAGUGGAGAAAAUAUGCACAGAUUUAAACGUACCGUCCGACAUAGGCGGAGCAACAUUCAUGGCAAUUGCCACAGCAGCGCCGGAACUGUUCAUCAAUAUCGUUGGUACUUUUGUGACAAAGGGCGAUAUCGGGCUGGGUACUAUAGUUGGGUCGGCUGUGUUUAAUAAUUUAGCAGUAACUGCUUGUUGUGGACUUACAUUAGCAAUUAUUGGUGCAGAAAUACAAUUGGAGAGAUGGUCAAUAACAAGGGAUUCUUUGGUGUAUGGUGUAUCAGCUUGUCUCCUGAUAGUAUUUUUGAAUAAUGAAAAAAUAGAAUGGUUUGAAGCGAUGAUAUUAGUGUUGCUGUAUAUCGCUUAUAUUGUAUUUUUAGUUUUUGACAAAAAAAUACAAACGUUAGUCAAAAGAAAACAUCCAUCUGAAGAAAGUGGAAAACAAGAGGAUGCUCCUAAAGUGGAAGAUGGUGAUGAAGAAAGUAAUGACAACGAAACUACUUCUGUUUGGAAAUUUCCAAGCAAAAGUAAUUGCUUUUCCCAAGGUGCUUGGGUUAUAAAUUGGCCAAUUAAUUUCGCGUUUUUCGUAACUAUCCCGAGCGGCGAAAAAUUGAAAUCUAAAGUAUGGAUAUCAUUAGCGUUUCUCAUGUGUAUUAUCUGGAUAGGAAUUUUAUCGUACGUCCUCUCCUGGAUGAUAACUAUCAUAGGCGAUACUUUGCGAAUACCCGACUCAGUUAUGGGCAUCACGUUUUUGGCAAUAGGAGCUGGUGUUCCAGAGGCAGCAUCUUCCAUUGCAGUCGUAAAACAUGGAAAUGGGGCAAUGGGUAUCAGUAAUUCGUUAGGUUCAAACACUUUGGAUAUAUUAUUGUGCUUGGGUUUGCCUUGGUUGUUAAAAUCAUCACUCGCAUCUGACAACAAAUGGGUAAACAUCAACUCUUCUGGUCUUCAAUAUAGCGCCUUUUCACUAUUAGUUACAUUAGUAGCUUUUUAUCUAGCCAUUUGGGUAAAUAAAUUUAAAUUAAAUAAAUGGGUGGGUCUGUACACGUUAAUUGUUUAUUUAAUAUUUAUUGUGUUCGCUAGUUUAAUAGAAUUGAACGUUUUUUUCGAGGUCAAUUUACCGACUUGUAGGAAAUGAAAUUAUUAACAAGUUGACC